AUGCGAGCUCGCAGGUUGUGCCGCCUGAUCCUUCGCUGCUGGAUGAGUCUGGUCAUUAUCCUGGGCUUAUCCUCCCACUCAUAUAACAAGCGUUUAAGGCACUCUCGGUUCCUGCAAAUCUACAGUUGGCUAAUGAUGACCAUUGGCCUGGGACUAUAUAUUCCUUUCUGGGGACAUGCCCGAGCGUAUUUUGCCAAAGGCACCUUUCGACGACAGGGUUUUGUGCUUCAGAUGAGCGAGGGCAGUGUGAUCUUCCAACUACUGCCUUUGAUAAUUCAUUUAGUUGUGCGCUUAAAAUACGAGCGACAGGUGUGCCAGAUAUACAACGAACUAUCGGAUAUAUUAGACCAGGAUUUGGGCCAAAAGAAGCAAAGUCGUUUCUAUUACAUAGUGUUCUUUGGCAAGGUUCACAAUUACUUGCACAACUUUAACUUUGUGCUUGGCAUCCUUAUGAUCGUGGACAAGCGAACGGUGGGAAUAGCAGAUGUCCUGGCCAACAUUUAUUUUGUGUACAGCUCAGUGGUCAGGGAAUCGGCUUUAUUUGCCUAUUUCCUGCUCCUCCUGGAUUUUAGUGAAGCUCUUCGUUUAAAUAGUGAGCAGAAGCAGGAUUCUUAUGGUAAAUUGAUGGCCCAAUUGAGGAGGCAGGAGCGACUCUUGUUCCUGGAACGACAGGUGCAUCGAAUCUUUGCCUGGCUGGUGGCUUCAAGCCUGCUCUUCCAGAUGUUUUACAACUUGGGAAACAUUUAUUUGGGCUAUGCCUUUAUUAUCCAGCGACAGGACGAUGUGGGACUGCGUCUGUCUAACCUGAAGAUCAUCUUAAGCACCAUAUCCUUGGUGGUGAAGCUCUCGGACUGUUUGCUCCUGCAGAUUGUCUGUGAACACCUGUUGGGUCAGGAAAAGAGGCAAUGCGGAAGUCCACAGGUGUGUGAUCAAGAUGCCAAGGCAACCGAAAGGCAGUGGGAACUUUCUAUCCUGAGACGAGCUAUUAGAGAAGCUUCAAAGGAUAAGAAGGUCCUUGGUCUGUUCAGAAUGGACAUGCGCUGUGCUUUCGCUCUGCUUAGCAGCAGUCUUUCCUAUGGAAUUAUUAUUAUACAAAUGGGCUAUGUUCAUGUAUAA